GAAACGAAGCAGCGAAGAAGCAAACUAAUGGAGAAUUUGACUUUUUCCUUUGCUCUUUCGAUCAUUUUCUUAAGUAGUUUUACCCUUUCCUUGAAUUCUAUCUCCACUGAUAAGAGUGCACUUAUUUCCUUCAAAAACUCCAUCACUUCCGACCCUUAUGCUAUCUUGGGAACCAAUUGGUCUCAAAACACAUCAGUCUGUGAUUGGAUUGGUGUGUCGAGCGGCCUCAAACACCUCCGUGUCACGUCUCUAAAUCUCUCGGGCUACGACACUGUUACUCCACAUCUUGGAAACCUUUCGUUUCUCAGAUAUAAGGAUAUCAGUUCCAACAGUUUCACGGGAUCUUACCCUUUGAACUUUCUAAACUGCGUCGUUUGAAGGUGAUGAAUGUGGGAGCAAAUUCAAUCACCGGAGAAAUACCAACAUGGUUGGGCAGUUUACCUCAAUUAGAGAAACUCUAUUUGUUCAACAACAAUUUCUUCGGAGGAAUUCCAGCUGAAAUGGGAAAUCUUUCAAGACUAGACAUAUUAAACAUUGCAAGCGCUUCUCUAACAGGAGAUAUUCCAUCUUCAAUCUUCAACAUUUAUUCGUUGACAGAGUUGGGCCUAUAUGACAAUAGAUAAUCAGGUUUGCUCCCAAGUGAUAUGUGCAACAAUAUGCCCAACAUCAAAAUAUUGUCACUCUUUAGCAACCAACUUGAAGGGCUGAUUCCGCCAAAUAUAUGGAAAUGCACACAUCUCGAGGAGUUAGCAUUAUCUUUCAACAAUUUCAGUGGAAACGUCUCGCGUGAAAUCGGGAGAUUGAGAGUACUUAGAGAGUUAGAUCUAAAUGCUAACAAGUUGACAGGUGAAAUUCCAACCUCUAUCACCAAUGCUUCUCAGCUUACUCUUAUAUACUUGAGCAGUAACUCAUUCACUGGUCCCGUUCCCGACUUUGGUAAUCUAAGACAGCUGCAAGUCCUUCACCUCAGCGAAAAUAAUCUCACUGGAGUAGAAUCGGCGUAUCGAGAAUUGGGAUUUCUAUCUUCUCUAACAAACUGCCGCAAUUUGACGUUCUUGGAUAUUAGUAACAAUCCGAUGAUGAAAGGUAUCCAUCUGGCUUCCAUUGGAAACUUCUCUACUUCUGUUUCCAGCUUUUCAGCAUCUAACUGCAGCAUCAGAGGUAUUAUUCCUCCUGAAAUUGGAAAUUUGAGGAAUUUGGAGGUUUUCGAUUUAUCGAAGAAUCAACUCACAGGAUUCAUUCCAACCACAUUUCCAAUGGGUUGUAAGCUUAAGUCACUCAACUUGAAUGGUAAUAAGUUGGCAGGAUCGUUUCCCCAAUCCCUUUCCAAUUGUCCAAGUCUGCAAGUUCUCGAUAUUGGAAACAAUAGAAUACAAGACACCUUUCCAGUUUGGACCGGAAAUCUCACUGAUCUCCGCGUCCUCAUAUUGAGAUCCAACAACUUUAGUGGUACCAUUUCUUCUCACACUUCCAAGGCUAGUCUUCCAUUCCCCAAGCUGCAAGUUUUUGAUAUAUCCCGUAAUGCAUUCAUUGGCAGUCUGCCCCAUGGAUAUAUUAGGAAUUUCAAAGCGAUGAUGGAUGUACAGGAUAAUCAUCGAGGAGAUCAAGGAUGGUUUUUUUUUUUAUUUAUGGAUAUUCAUUGACUUUAACGGUGAAAUGUUUGGAACUAGAAUAUACGAAAAUUUUGAUAACCUUGACAACAGUCGACAUGUCAUCCAACAGAUUCUCAGGAAGCAUCCCAAACUCCAUAGGAAAUUUGAAUUCCUUGAUAUAUCUGAAUCUGUCUCACAAUUGCCUCACAGGAGGUAUACCUGCAUCUCUUGGAAAUGUGAGAGAACUCGAGUCGUUAGACAUGUCUUCAAACCGAUUGGAGGGGAAAAUUCCAAGAGAGCUAACAAAGCUCACAUUUCUUUCUGUGAUAAACCUUUCCAUGAAUCAUCUUUCAGGGAAGAUACCUCAAUCGAGUGGCCAGUUUCCCACAUUUAGCAAUACAUCAUAUGUUGGGAAUUCUGGACUAUGUGGAUUUCCGUUAACACGAAAAUGUGAAGAGCCUGAGCCUGAGCCUGAGCCUCCAGUGAUGCUGCAAGAAGAUGAUCACGAUUAUGGUAUUCUAGACGGAUUCUGUUGGCAGGCUGUUGUUUCCGGGUAUGGAUGUGGAUUGGUAAUCGGUGUGACUGUGGGUUGUCUGAUUAUUGGGUAUGGAAGGCCUAAGUGGUUGGUGGAAUGGAUCUACAGAUUUUACAGGAUAAAGAUGAGAAGUCGAGGAAGAAAUGUGGCACCGCAAAGAAGAAGA